GUAGGUGGCGACAGUGCGCCAAGAGGUUAGAAAAAGAAGUAGGGGUACGAAGAAGAAGAACAAGAAGAAAGCGGCUUCUUUUCCGCGCUAAUAGGUUUUUCCCAUUAAUGUAAUGGAAAAUAUACUAAAAUCUGACGUUUAUUGGAGUUUUUAAAACCUUGCCGUCAGGACUGUGAGACACACAAAGCAGCAACAUGGAGCUUUCUUCAGUGGAGGAGGGAACUCCCAGCGUCAACAUCACCACAAGUGAAAAGGUUGUGGAGCUGCUGAAUCAAGCUGCUCUGAUGCCAACUGAUGAAAAACUAACAAUUCUCAAACAGGUUCAGGAGCUUAUCAUCAACAAGGAUCCUUCUCUUCUUGAUAAUUUUUUGGAUGAGAUCAUCGCUUUCCAGACCGACAAGUCUAUUGAAGUGAGAAAGUUUGUCAUUGGGUUUAUAGAGGAGGCCUGUAAAAGGGACAACGAGCUCCUGGUCCGACUGAUCGCCAACCUGAACAUGCUGCUGAAGGAUGAGAGCGUUAAUGUGGUGAAGAAGGCCAUCCUCACCCUCACUCAGCUGUACAAAGUUACGCUACAGUGGUUGGUGCGUGUCAAAACCAUAUCGGAUAUGCAGGAGGCAUGCUGGAAUUUGGUUACACAAAUGACCGGGGACGUUUUGAUCCUACUCGACUCUGAGAAUGAUGGUGUUCGCACGCAUGCAAUCAAGUUCACAGAAUCUUUAAUCAUCACCUUGUCACCGCGAACAGCUGAGUCUGACGUCCCCAAGCAACAGGAAGGGGGCAUCAGCCUGGACAGAGUUCCCAAAGACCAUUCCUACAUUCGCUACGAUACUUUGUGUGAGGAGGGGAAGACUGCACUUGAGAAGCUGCUGACGUUCAUGAUCCAUCCAGCUAUUUCCAGCAUCAACCUCACCACAGCGCUGGGCUCGCUGGCAACAAUCGCCCGACGGAGACCGAUGUUCAUGUCCAAAGUGGUCCAGGCGUUUGAGACGCUGCACGCUAAUCUACCUCCGACUUUGGCCAAGUCUCAAGUCAGCAGCGUUCGAAAGAAUCUGAAGCUGCAGUUGUUGGCGGUCCUCAAGCAUCCCUGCAGCCUGGAGUUCCAGGGUCAGAUCAGCACUCUGCUGCUGGAUUUAGGAAUGCCUCAGAGUGAAAUAACCCGCUGCACGCCCACACCACGGGAGCAGCGCAAAAGACCUCGUUACGAACAAUACACAGAGGGAAAGAAGGUCAAGAUAGAGCCAGCUCUCAUUGAGGAUGACGAGGACAAAGAAGAACCAGCUCCCAUCCCUGUCUCAAAGCCAGUUGCUGUUCCAGUUGCACAGUCUGCCAUUGACCUCACAGCUGAGUUUCUGCGCCCACUGCUGAACCCCGAGAAUGUAGCAAACCUAGUGCUCAUUAGCAUGGUGUACCUGCCUGAUGUCAUGCCAGCAUCCUUCCAGGCCACAUACACACCUGUAGAGUCAGCAGGCACUGAUGCUCAAAUCAAACAUCUGGCUCGGCUGAUGGCAACGCAGAUGACAGCAGCUGGAAUCGGUCCAGGUCUGGAACAGUGCAAAUCCAGAGAUGAUGAAGGGGGUAGAGAGGAAGAAGAGGACUCUGAUACAAAAGACCAUGCUGUCAAGCAUAAAAUUCCUUCUGAGAUGGUGGGUCAGGCCAUUUCUGUAGUGGGGAGUUACACUGGGAAACCCCUCAGCACAGAAGCUCCAGCUGUCAAAAAGCUUCCUGAACCCAUUCUCCCCUCGGCACAAACCAAGAUGAGCGGGGCAGGUGGGAGGAAAAAGGUGUUUCGACUGUCCGACGUUGUUCAGCCUUUUUCAGACUCCCAGAUUGAGGUGUUAACUUCCAAAGCGGUGAAGCGCAUUUUGCUCUCAGAAAAGGCGAUUUCUCAAAGUGGAAUGUCCCAUGUCAGGGUGAAGCUGCUCUCCAGGCUCGUCACACAGUUUGACGGGAUGAUGAAGGGAGACGUCCUGGAGUUCAUUCUGGAUGACAUCAGAACAAGAAGCGACCUGGCGUUUUCUCUCCUCUACCAAGAGUACAACACAUACCUGAGCCAGCUGCCGUCAGGUCUGCUGGACAGCUACGACCACUGUCUCUACACGCUGCUGUCGGGCCUGCAGGAGAAGCCUGAGCAGAAGGACGGGCUGUUUACAAAGUUGGUUUUGGAGGCUCCCAUCAUCACAGAAUCGGCUCUGGAAGUGAUACGACGUUACUGUGAGGACGAGUCUCGUGUUUAUUUAGGCAUGACGACGCUGAAGGAGCUCAUCAUCAAACGACCGUCCAGACAGUUUCAGUACCUUCAUGUCCUUCUGGAUCUCAGCUCACAUGAAAAGGAAAAGGUGCGCACCACCGCACUGGCUUUCCUGAAACGCAUGUAUGAGAAGGACCAUCUCAGAGACUACAUCGAGAAGUUUGCCCUGAACUACCUGCAGCUACUGGUUCACCCCAACCCUCCCUCUCUGCUGUUUGGAGCCGAUAAGGACACAGAGGUGGCUGCUCCCUGGACCGAAGAAGACGUCAGACAGUGUCUCUUACUCUACUUGUCUCUGCUUCCUCUGAACCACCGGCUCGUCCACGAACUGGCUUCUGUUUACACCGAGGCCAUAGCUGACAUCAAACGUAGUGUGCUCCGCGCCAUCGAGCAGCCCAUCCGUGGAAUGGGGAUGAACUCUCCUGAGCUGCUGCUUUUGGUUGAAAACUGCCCAAAAGGAGCAGAGACUCUGGUCACUCGCUGCCUGCACAUUUUAACAGAUAAAGUGGCUCCAUCACCAGAGCUGGUGGAGAGGGUCCGGGAUCUGUACCACAAACGGGUCGCAGAUGUUCGCUUCCUGAUUCCGGUCAUAAAUGGUCUAGAAAAGGCUGAAGUCAUUCAGGCUUUACCGAAACUGAUCAAACUCAACCCGAUCGUAGUGAAGGAGGUGUUCAACAGACUCCUGGGAACGCAGCACAGUGAAGGAAGCUCGUCGGUGUCUCCUCUGACUCCAGGAGAUCUGCUCAUUGCUCUCCAUAACAUAGACUCGAGCAAACGUGACAUGAGGUCAAUCAUUAAAGCAACUAACCUUUGCUUUGCGGAGAAGAACGUGUACACAUCGGAGGUUUUGGCGGUGGUGAUGCAGCAGCUGAUGGAGCAGAAUCCACUCCCCAUACUCCUCAUGCGCACCGUCAUCCAGUCGCUCACCAUGUACCCCCGACUGAUUUUAUUUGUCAUGAACAUCCUGUCCCGCCUCAUUGUCAAACAGGUGUGGAAGUAUCCGAAGGUGUGGGAGGGCUUUGUGAAGUGCUGCCAGAGGACCAAGCCUCAGUCUUUCGCUGUGCUCCUCCAGCUGCCUUCUGCUCAGCUAGAAAGUGUUUUUGAACGCUGCCCAGAGAUGAGAGCUCCUCUUCUGCAGCACGUCCACUCCUUCAAUCCUCACCAGCAAGCUCACAUACCCGCCUCCAUUGUGGCCGUGUUGGAGGCAAAUAAAACCCCAGAGCCAAAGCCAGAGGAACCAGCUGUGGAGGAAGAGACGGACCAGGCUUUGGAUACGCUGGUUGUUGAGGAGCCUGUUGUCAGGACACCAACAGACCCAGACAUCCCUUCACAACAAAAUCUAAUGAUUACAAAAGUUGACGAGGAACCGAUGGAGCAGGAAGAGGCCGACCACAUAGCUCAGGAAAAAGCUCUUCGUGAAAUAUUACAGGUGGAAUUGGAAAAGGCAUCCGAAACAUCUCACCCUGAUCCAGACUCGGCUGAGGAACCGAUGGAGGAAACCCAACCUGAACCUGAUUACCAGAAAUCAGUCAAGGAUCCUGAAAGCAGCAUCACAGAAGCUGAACCUGGAAGUGACAGCGAGGAAGUGGUGUGAACAAACAUUUCUUUCCUCUGCAAAUCUCACAGAAUUUCAAACACAUUUUCUUUCCUUUGUUAAACAGAUUGUUGAGACACUUUUAAAGUAUUUUGUCUUUAUGUUGGAAAUGAGUUGGAAAAUUAAAUAAAGACAGUGAUUUGUGUGAA